AUGGGUCGUAAUAAGGUAGCAAUUGGAAAAGUCACCAAAAAGAAGGUUAAGGAUCUCAACAAGCCUAAACGGUCGACUUCUGCAUAUUUCUACUUCCUGGCCCAAUGCCGAAAGGAAGCCACAAAGGCUGGCAAGCCUCCCACAAAGAUUGCAGAAUUCACCAAGGAAGCGUCAGAGAAAUGGAGGGGACUAACUGCAGACAAGAAGAAGCCCUUCGAGGCUGCUGCAGCAGAGGACAAGAAGAGAUAUGAAGUUGAGAUGGCAGCCUACAAAGGAAAGUCUGUAGAUCCCAACAAACCCAAGAGGCCACCAACUGCGUAUUUUCUUUUCCUGGCCGGCUUCCGAAUCAGGAUGGCAAAUAAGGGCAUUGAGCACAAGGAGCUGCUUAAAAUGGCUGGUGAAGAGUGGAGAUCCAUGACCAAUGAAGAUAAGAAACCAUAUGAGAAACAAGCUCUGGAGGAGUCUAAAAAAUAUGAGGCCAACAUGGUUGAAUACAGAAGA